CUCGAGUUCCUUCCAUACAACUGCCCCACCAUUCCCUUUGUUUUUCUGUGUUCUGUUUCUUUUUUCCCUUCUCUGGUCUUUUCCUUUUCCUUAUCCAUUUUUAGUACGCAGGAAACUCCGGCCACAGGAACUUCGAUUUCUUCGUAAAAGACCAAUAAUCGUCGUCAACGAAACUUCAACACGGAAGAAAUAAUUUGCAACAGAACUUGUUCGAGGGGUCCGCCCAUCGAAAUUCCCAGGCAACCUCUCUCUCUAUAUAUAGAUGGAUGUUGUGAGAUGACAACACCGUCACAGAAAAUCCAAUUCCUCGUAAUACGUUUUCUCCAAAAGCGUUUACAACCAAACACCGUUUGAAGAGCUCGGAAAAACAAGAAUAAUAAUUCAAAAAAAAAAAAAAAGAUUUUGUUUUAGGGUUUUAGUUUUAGAGAGAAGAGAGAAGAAUUUUGUUUCGGGUUUUACAGGGGCAGAGAGAUGGGAAAUUGCUUCACGGAUUUGGAGGGAGGAAAGCAGGCCGUGGGCGCGGCCCAACUGAGGCCCACAGCGGCCUCCACCUCCAACAACAACAAUGGCGGCCACAACGACGCUGUUGAAUUCUUCUACAGGUCUCGGGGCCUCGAUCCUCUGUUCACUCCAAUAGAGUUAUCUCUAUCAGCAUCUGACUUGAUUGAUCGUGACUUCACUUCAAAGAGUGAUCCCAUGGCUGUGGUGUAUGCAAAGAAAAUAGACGGAAAGCUAGAGGAGUUAGGUCGCACUGAAGUUGUAUUGAAUAGUUUGCAUCCCAAAUGGAUAGAAAAAGUUACAGUUGCAUUCCAAUUCGAGAUUGUACAGCCAUUGGUAUUUCAUGUGUAUGAUGUUGAUUCGAAAUAUCAUAAUAUCCCUGUGAAGACCCUGAAAUUGAAGGAUCAAGACUUUCUUGGAGAGGCAACUUGUGUUCUAUCAGAGAUAGUGACCAAACAAAGUCGGAGUUUAACCCUAAAUCUUCAUAACAAAAAUGGGAAGACGGGUUUGAGGAACUUUGGGGCACUCACUAUCCAUGCGGAGGAAACAGUUGCUUCAAGGACUGCUGUUGAGAUGAUAUUCCGUUGUUCUCACUUGGAUAACAAGGACCUAUUUUCUAAAAGUGUAUAUAAUUGCAAAGCAGAUACAUUGAGAAUUGUUGAGAGCGGAGAUCCUGUUCCAAUAUGCAAGACUAAAGUGGUGAACAACAACUUAAAUCCAACUUGGAAACCCCUAUGCAUGAGUAUGAAUCAGUUUGGAAGUAAGGAUAACCCAUUAAUUAUUGAAUGCUUUGAUUUCAAUAACAGUGGCAAUCAUGUGCUUAUUGGUAAACUCCAAAAGUCAGUAGCAGACCUAGAAAAACUUCACAAAGAAAGAAGUGGUGCAAAUCUUACCUUGCCAUCUUCUCAUUAUGAUUACGAGAAGGUUUUGAAGGGACAGCUGUUUGUUGAUCAAUUUUGUCAGAAGGAACAGUACAGUUUUCUUGAUUACAUUUCUAGUGGAUUUGAGCUUAACUUUAUGGUUGCUGUUGACUUUACAGCCUCAAAUGGAAAUCCUCGGAAUCCAGAUUCUUUACACUAUAUUGAUCCUUCUGGCCGGUUGAAUUCUUAUCAACGGGCUAUAAUGGAGGUUGGGGAGGUCAUUCAGUUUUAUGAUUCUGAUAAACGUUUUCCUGCUUGGGGAUUUGGAGGAAAAACUUCUGACGGUUCCCUCUCACAUUGUUUUAAUUUGAAUGGAAGUGCAAGUGGCUAUGAGGUCGAAGGAGUUGAAGGCAUCAUGGCUGCUUAUGCAAGUGCUCUACGUAAUGUUGCUCUUGCAGGGCCCACUUUAUUUGGACAAGUGAUUAACACAGCUGCGCAAAUUACCAGCCAGUCCCUUUCAUACACCAGCAACAAGUAUUUUGUCUUGCUCAUUAUUACGGAUGGAGUCCUUACAGACCUUCAAGAAACAAAAGACGCUUUGGUGAGGGCAUCUGAUCUUCCACUGUCGAUUCUUAUUGUGGGAGUGGGAGGGGCAGAUUUUAGUCAAAUGGAGGUCCUUGAUGCUGAUGGUGGAAAACGAUUGGAGAGCUCUACAGGUCGUGUUGCUACGCAUGACAUCGUACAGUUUGUUCCAAUGCAAGGAGUGCAUAGUGGGCAGAUUUCUGUGGUGCAGGCUCUUUUGGAAGAGCUACCUAGACAGUUUUUGACCUACAUGCGGAGUAGAGAUAUAAAGCCACUCUCUCCCCAUGUACCCCAAACCUCUGCUUAACUACGUACAUUUACCAAGUCCACAAAAGCUAUACAUAUAUAUAUGUUGAUACAGCAGCAACUAGGGUUUUUAGGUCUGAACUAUCAACAGAUUGACAACCUGCCUAAAAGGAGGUUUUCUUCUUCUUCUUUUUUUCAUUUUUUUUGGUGGGUGUGGGGGAAGGACUUACAGUAUCAAUAUCAAGAAGGUAUGAUGCAAGAUAUCUUGGGGGGAAAAAAAUUUUGAUUUCUGCUACACUUGUAGAGUUCUCUCUCUUGCAAUAUAUAUAUACGUGCUAGCGGGUGGUUUCUCCAGAUUGGAUCGUAUUCAAUCUCUUUUGCAAACAUGCUUCCUGUCAGUAGAGAGGAGCACUUUGUCUUCUUAGCACAUUUUCUCCUUUUUCUUGGAACUCUUAACACAAUCGCGCAGUUUCCUGAAAAAGGUGCGGUUCGGUAUUAAGAAGGAUUGUCUUCCACUACCUUAGACCAUUUUUAAGAAGGCAAUCAAGGAAAAUUAUAAUGAAAAGAACAAAUUCAAAACAGAACUUACUGUCAAACAAGUUAGGAAGCUCGCAGAACUUUUUCGACCAGCUGAAGUCCAUUCGAACAUGCUGCCUAUCCACCCUCCACAAGUUUCUAGAGUUCGGGAUAGGGAAGUUCAUGAAAGAGUAAGAGAAACAUGGCCCCAUUCUCAUAAGGAAACACUUGCUAGGGAUCCUUAUACCAAGGGUGACUAUUAGUUACCCUUUGCUGUCUCACGAAAGGGAUCAUCAGCGUAUUGCAUACCAAGACAUGACAACCAUACAGAGAGAGGAAAUUCCUCGUGAACGUUACCUGACUGAAAAGGAGUACCGAGCUUUUGGGCUUCAGGGAGAGAAGAAAUUUAACUCCCCCAUCUCAUAUUGCUCCUACUUUGUAAACGUACCAGAGAGACUAUGAAAGAGAGCACCUUCUAAGACAUCCAGACCAUAUGUAUAGGGAUGAACACCUUCUAAGACAGCCAGACCAUAUGUAUAGGGAUGUCGUCUCUGCCCACAGAGAAACUAUUCGUGCUGAUCCUCUCUACUUGAUUGAGAGAGAAUAUCAGGCUUAUGGUCUUGUUGGUAGACAUGAAUUGCCAUCUUCAGUUCCUGUUGCAACUGCAGCAUCAGCUACUGCUUUAGGCUCCUAUACCAACGAUCCAUACUAUGCUUAUCAUUAUGGUGCUUCAUCAUUGGACCCAUAUGAUCCAAAUCUGAGGAGGCAGGAAGUCCCUUCAGGUCCUUAUCCUGUUGGCGGAACGUACCCGACUGAGAUCGCUCAUUUACGCCGUACAGAAAGUGAUCAAGUUGAGGGGUUAUACUCCACAUAUGCUGCCGAUGCUCCACGGACUUAUAACCGGACACAGCACUAUCAGGGUACCCAGCCCGAAGCUGGAAGUGUGCCAGUUUCAUCUUGGUACUCUUUUGCUUGUCUAUCAUUCCCACCCCAGUGACUGAAUUUGCAUCUUUCAUGGACAGAGUAUGUGAUUGCUUCGUCACCAAUUGUUGGCCAUAAAUUUAGUGAAUCGCAAACUAGGAUUACAAAGGGUAAUGAAGAAGAAGAAGAAGAGGAAGAGGAGGAAGAGGAGGAAGGAUUACAAAGGGUAGGCAUUGGGCUCUAGGCUCUGAUAACUUAUGACAAAGGCUGGGUCGUAUGAGACUGCCUAGUAACUUCGGCUGCUUGCAAUCAUUAUUACUGCUCUUAUUUUAUGCUUUCCUUUGAUAAACUUUUGUUGCAAUGGGCUGUUGAAACGAUGGAUGAUUAAUAGUGAUGAUUGGGCUAUGAACUUUCUCAUUUGAAAAGGGUCUAGGAACUUUUAGUACGAUAAUCUACGUGUAUGCAUUUGGGUUUCGGUUCAUGGGCUCAUGACGUGCGGCUCAGCCAUUUUUCAUUUGCAUAAAUAUGUAUGGGUGAGGGAAUGAAUUUGGCUACAAACGUUGAAGCAAACCGAGUUUAAGCAUAUGGUUUCAUAUCAA